AUGCAGCGCCCCAAACCCUUCUACCCUCCUGCUGCUCCUCAGGAGGGCUUCAGCUCCCGGGGCCUGAGCAGCACGGAGGCGCUGGGGGCCCAGCCUGAGCCUCUGCCUGCUGUGGCUUCUUCCAACCUGCCGUGUCAGCCCCCGAAUCCAGAGAAGGACGUGUUUCCAGGGCCCCCCGCAGGCUUCCAGAUGGCGCCCUGCGGCUGUUUCUUCGACCCCCGCAUCUACCGGAUCGAGUGGGCCACCCCCGAUUUUGGCCAAGCCCCCCUGUACCGGUUGGCAGUGGCUGGGGGUCCCGCCGUGCCUAACGGCUACCUACUGGAGCCCCAAUCUUACCUCAAGACUCCAGGCCCACCCCCGCCGGACCCCCACUACCAGCCGGGGCCCGGGGGGCUGCAGUACGUCCUGCCCUACUUCCCCCCGGAGGGGCCGGGGGCCCUGGGCUUUGUGGGCGACGGGGGGACCCCUGGCUUUGUGGAGCUCCUCAAGGAGGGCCUGGCACCGCUGCCACCCCCGAAGGAGGGGAAGCCGGGCCCAGAGUUCAAGACCCACAAAAGAGAGAAAAUGGGAGAUUGCUGA